CGCCCAACCAAAAUGUGGUCACCACGAUCUCCAACUACCGACGGUUCAGCCGUGUUCGCGAGCGAGCCUUCAAGACGCGUUACCUUUUUAGGUCUGCGCACACUCGCUGCUAAGACUUUGCCUUUUGCCUCCAAGAGCGCAAGCAAGCACCACCCUCACCGGGACCAUCACUCCGUCCCGCUCCAUCAAGCUUCAACCUACACAUCACCUCGUCAACAUGUCGUCGGUGACCUUCUCGGAGAGCGCGGCCCCGGCCACGCAGGCGCCGGUGCUGUCUCCCGUGGCCGCAGACGUGUCGGGCAUCACUGACAACGCCUCUCGUGGCACGUUGGUGCUGGCGGACGGCACUACGUACGCCGGUUACUCGUUCGGCGCGGACAAGAGCAUCUCGGGCGAAGUGGUGUUCAACACCGGUAUGGUGGGCUACCCCGAGGCUCUGUCCGAUCCGUCGUACCGCGGCCAGAUCCUCGUGCUGACGUACCCGCUUAUUGGCAACUACGGUGUGCCCGACAUGGACGUCAAGGACGAGUUCAACCUGCCCAAGUUCUUCGAGUCCGGCACGGUGCAGAUCUCGGGUCUCAUUGUGUCCGAGUACUCGUUCCAGCACAGUCACUGGAACGCCGUCAAGUCGCUCGGCGACUGGCUCAAGGAGCACAACGUGCCGGCUCUCUUUGGCAUCGACACGCGUAUGAUCACGAAGCGUAUCCGCUCGCUCGGUGCCGUGCUGGGCAAGAUCGAGUUCGAGGGCCAAGCCACUGAGAUCGCGGACCCCAACAAGACGAACCUGGUGGCCGAAGUGACUGUCAAGGAGGUGACCGUGUACAACAAGGGCGCGUCUCCCAAGAUCGUGGCCUUCCACUGCGGUAUGAAGCACAACAUCGUGCGGUACUUGGCCUCCAAGGGCGUGGAGCUCACGGUCGUGCCGUACGACUACGAUCUGCCCAACAGCGAGCUGCAGUACGACGGUAUCUUCAUCAGUAACGGUCCUGGAGACCCGACCAUGGCCUCCAAGACCAUCGAAAGCAUCCGCUGGGCCAUCAACCAGGAGAACCCCAAGCCCAUCUUCGGUAUCUGUCUGGGCAACCAGAUCCUGGCCCUGGCCGCCGGUGCCACCACGUACAAGAUGAAGUACGGCAACCGCGGUAUGAACCAGCCCUGCAUCGACAUGCGUACCACACGCUGCUACAUCACGCCACAGAACCACGGAUACGCUGUGGACUCGAACUCGCUGCCUGAGGGCUGGAAGACGUUCUUCAUGAACGCCAACGACAAGUCGAACGAGGGUAUCAUCCACGAACACAAGCCUUUCUUCUCGGUGCAGUUCCACCCGGAGGCCUGUGGUGGCCCCACGGACACGGCCUUCCUCUUUGACAUGUUCCUGGAGAAGGUCAACAGCGCCCCGCCCAAGCUCACGGUCAUGGACACGUCUCUGUACGACCGUCCGACGUUCUCCAAGGUGCUGCUGCUUGGUUCCGGUGGUCUGUCUAUCGGCCAGGCUGGUGAGUUCGACUACUCGGGCUCGCAGGCCAUCAAGGCUCUGCGUGAGGAAGGCGUGCACGUCGUACUGGUGAACCCGAACAUCGCCACGGUGCAGACGUCCAAGGGUCUAGCCGACAAGGUGUACUUCGUACCUGUGCGUGCUGAGACGGUGCUGGAGAUCAUCAAGAAGGAAAAGCCGGACGGAAUCCUGGUGAGUAUGGGCGGCCAGACGGCUCUGUCCGUCGGUAUCGAGCUGUACCUGAACGGCGACCUGGAGCGUCACAACGUCCGCGUCAUGGGCACGCAGAUCGAGUCGAUCAUCGACACGGAAGAUCGCGAGAAGUUCUCGGCGAAGCUGGCGGAGAUUGGCGAGACGAUCGCUCUGAGUCAGCCGGCCACGACCGUCGAAGGCGCGCUGAAGGCUGCCAACGAGAUCGGCUACCCAGUGCUGGUGCGUUCGGCUUUCGCUCUGGGUGGUCUGGGCUCGGGUUUCGCUGCCAACGACGAGGAGUUGCGUGUUCUGGCCACCAAGGCUCUGCACGGCUCGGCGUCGAAGGGUCAGAUCAAGCAGAUUCUGAUCGACCAGGACCUCCGCGGCUGGAAGGAAGUCGAGUACGAGGUUGUGCGUGACGCCAAGGACAACUGCAUCACGGUGUGCAACAUGGAGAACUUCGACCCGCUGGGAAUCCACACGGGCGACUCGAUCGUCGUCGCUCCGUCGCAGACGCUGUCGAAUAGCGAGUACUUCAAGCUCCGCUCGACGGCGCAGAAGGUGGUGCGUCACUUGGGCAUUGUGGGCGAGUGUAACAUCCAGUACGCGUUGGACCCCAAGUCGGAGCGCUACUGCAUCAUCGAGGUGAACGCUCGUCUGUCUCGCUCCAGUGCUCUCGCCUCCAAGGCCACGGGCUACCCGCUUGCCUACGUGGCCACCAAGAUCUCUCUGGGCAUUGACCUGGUGUCGAUCAAGAACAGCGUGACCAAGACGACCACGGCCUGCUUCGAGCCCAGUCUGGACUACUGCGUGGUCAAGAUGCCGCGUUGGGACCUGAAGAAGUUCUCGCGUGUGUCGAACGACCUGGGUAGCUACAUGCUUUCCGUGGGUGAGGUCAUGUCUAUCGGCCGCAACUUCGAGGAGUGCAUCCAGAAGGCUGUGCGUAUGGUGAACCCGAACCUGGACGGUCUGGACGGCAGCGCCGUGGACAACGAGACGAACCCGGAGGUGCUGGACGCUCAGCUGAGCCACCCAACGGACGAGCGUCUGUUCUACAUCAUCUCGGCCCUGGACGCCGGCUACACGGUCGACCGCGUGCACGAGCUGACCAAGAUCGACAAGUGGUUCCUGUCCAAGCUGGCGCGCAUCUCUUCGCUGCGUCAGUCGGUGCCCAAGUUCACGCUGGACACGCUGAGCGAGCGCUUUGUGCGCACGCUGAAGGUGAACGGUUUCUCUGACCGUCAGAUCGCCGCCAAGCUGCCCAACGCCACGGCCAUGCAGGUGCGUGAGCGUCGUAAGCAGCUGGGCGUUCUGCCGUGCGUGAAGCAGAUCGAUACGCUGGCCGCCGAGUUCCCGGCCCAGACCAACUACCUGUACAUGACGUACGGCGGCUCCGAGGACGACAUCCCGACGAGCGAGGAGGCCAUCGUGGUGCUCGGCUGUGGCGCCUACUGCAUCGGUUCGUCGGUGGAGUUCGAUUGGUGCGGCGUGAGUGCUGUGCGCACGGUGCGUGAGCUCGGCAAGCCAGCGAUCGUGGUCAACUACAACCCCGAGACGGUGAGCACGGACUACGACGAGAGCGAUCGUCUGUACUUCGAGGAGCUGAGCUUGGAGCGCGUGCUGGACAUCUGGGACCGCGAGAACCCGGAGGGUGUGAUCGUGUCUGUGGGUGGCCAGAUCCCGAACAACCUGGCCAUGCCGCUGUCCAAGGCCGGCGUCAACAUCCUGGGUACGUCUCCGGAGAGCAUCGACCAGUGCGAGGACCGCAACAAAUUCUCUGCUUUGCUGGACACGCUGAACGUGGACCAGCCGCGUUGGACGGAGGUCACGGACCUGAACUCCGCUCUUGAGUUCGCGCAGGAGGUGCAGUACCCGGUGCUUGUCCGUCCCAGUUACGUGCUGUCGGGUGCUGGUAUGAUCGUGGCUUCGGACGAGGACCAGCUGAGGGACUACCUGAGCAGCGACGCCGUCAAGAUGUCGCGUUCGAUCACGGUGUCCAAGUUCAUCCUGAACGCCAAGGAGAUCGAGUUCGACGGUGUGGCCAAGGACGGCGCCAUUCUCAACUACGCCAUGUCGGAGCACGUGGAGAACGCCGGUGUGCACUCCGGUGACGCCACGCUGGUGCUGCCCGCCCAGAAGCUGUACGUGGGCACGAUCAAGCAGGUGAAGCGCAUCGCCAGCGCCAUCGCGCAGGCGCUCGACAUCACGGGUCCGUUCAACAUCCAGCUGAUGGCCCGUGCCAACGACGUCAAGGUGAUCGAGUGCAACCUGCGUGCGUCGCGUACGUUCCCGUUCAUCUCGAAGACCUUCGACCUGAACUUCAUCAACCUGGCCACGAAGGCCAUGAUCGGCCUGCCUGUCAAGUCGGUGCCGAUCGCUCUGAUCGACAUUGACUACGUGGGUGUCAAGGCGCCGCAGUUCUCGUUCACGCGUCUGCACGGCGCUGACCCGAGUCUGGGUGUGGAGAUGGCUUCGACCGGUGAGGUGGCCUGCUUCGGCACGGACAUGCACGAGGCGUAUCUGAAGGCGCUUCUGAGUGCCGGCUUCAAGAUGCCCAAGGAGAAGAAGGUGCUGAUCUCGAUCGGCAACCAGGACAUCAAACGCGAGUUCGCGGAGGGAGCGCUGAUCCUGCAGGAGCUGGGCUACACGAUCUACGCCACGCCCGGCACGCACGAGUACCUGACCACGCAGGGCGUCAAGAGCAUUGCGCUGCGCAAGCCUUCGGACCCAGAGAGCGACCUGCCUAGCGUGAUUGACUACAUCUCGUCGGGCAAGAUCGAGCUGGUGAUCAACGUGCCGGAAGGAACGAACCGCGAGGAGCUGACGAGCGGCUACAAGAUCCGUCGUGCCGCCGUGGACUUUGGCGUGUCGCUCAUCAACAACAUCAAGUGCGCGCUGCUGUUCGCGCAGGCCAUGCAGAAGGUGCGCAAGCUCGAGAUCUGCAACAUCGCCGAGUACUACGCGAUGCCCACGAUCGGCUGGCGUCCGGGUCAGAAGCUCACGGCCCGCAAGAUGUCCAUCUUCUAAGCUGUUAGUAGCCCAUAGCCCCAUAGUUCAUAGUCCAAAGAUUGUAUUGAUCCAUAAGUGCAUGUAAAUAAUUCUGCUCACUUCACAGCCUUCAAAUGCUACGAGUGUAGAGCUUCUUGCACUUCAAACAUGGUUACCAUCCAG